AAAUUCUGACUCGGCUCAUAACUCGAAAGUCCUAUAAGGUAGCUAAAUAUACCGAACACACAAGCCAGCCACACUAUUUAACAACUCUCCUUGUCUUUCCCACAACCACCAAUAAACUCGGAGGAAACCGCUGUACCCUCGUGGUAGCAAAGACAGAAACCGUGGAAUGUUGAGAUCUCGUGGUGGGAAUUCAAGAACCAACACGACACUUUAGGACAACUCAAAAAAAAAAAAAAAAAAAAAGACAAGGGGGUAGUAAUAGUAAUAGUAGUAGUAUAUGGGGGGUGGUAGUACAUUUGUUGAUGGAGUUCGUCGUUUGUUUCAACGUCGUUCUACUACUACUACUAUUGUUCAUCAUAGUAAUGCAGACCCAAUCUUGAAUAAUAUUCAAAAACCCAUUAACAUUGAAGAAGAAGAAGAAGAAGAUAGUCAAGAACUUAACAUUAUUGAAGACUUUGAUAUAUCUGGUCUUAAGUUUAUUAAAGUUCCUAAAAGGGUUGAUUUCCCUUUUUCAUCUGCUUCUAAUCAUCACAUGGAUCCUCAUAAAAAGAACUCACAGGAGGCAGAGUUCUUCACAGAAUAUGGAGAGGCAAGCAGAUACCAAAUUCAGGAAGUUAUCGGCAAGGGUAGCUAUGGAGUUGUGGCUUCUGCUGUUGAUACCAAAACUGGAGAAAGAGUUGCUAUCAAGAAGAUUAAUGACGUGUUUGAGCAUGUCUCUGAUGCCACUAGAAUUUUAAGAGAAAUCAAGCUUCUUCGGCUACUACGGCAUCCCGAUAUCGUAGAAAUAAAGCACAUCAUGUUACCCCCUUCUCGGCGUGAGUUUCAAGAUAUUUACGUUGUCUUUGAACUGAUGGAGUCUGACCUUCACCAGGUUAUUAAGGCCAAUGAUGAUCUUACACCUGAGCAUUAUCAGUUUUUCCUAUACCAGCUUAUGCGUGGAUUAAAAUAUGUUCAUACUGCAAACGUUUUUCAUCGAGAUUUAAAGCCGAAGAAUAUCCUUGCUAACGCUGACUGUAAAUUGAAGAUUUGUGACUUUGGCCUUGCUCGUGUGUCAUUUAAUGACACGCCAUCAGCUAUUUUCUGGACUGACUAUGUUGCAACCCGAUGGUAUCGUGCUCCUGAGCUAUGUGGCUCUUUUUUCUCCAAGUAUACUCCUGCUAUUGAUAUUUGGAGCAUAGGAUGCAUAUUCGCAGAAAUGCUCACUGGAAAACCGUUAUUUCCUGGAAAGAAUGUAGUGCAUCAAUUAGACCUUAUGACUGAUUUGCUAGGAACACCUCCUCCUGAAACCAUUGCAAAGAUUAGAAAUGAAAAGGCAAGAAGAUACCUCAGUAACAUGCGGAAAAAAACACCAAUUCCAUUUGCAAAAAAAUUUCCGCAUGUGGAUCCAUUGGCUUUGCGCCUACUUGAACGCAUGCUUGCAUUUGACCCGAAAGAUCGACCUUCUGCAGAGGAGGCACUGGCUGAUCCUUAUUUCCGUGGUUUGUCCAAUGUGGACCGUGAACCGUCCACUCACCCAAUAUCAAAGCUUGAGUUUGAAUUUGAGAGGAGAAAGUUGGCAAAAGAAGAUGUUAGAGAGCUCAUUUAUCGGGAGAUUUUAGAAUAUCAUCCUCAGAUGCUUCAGGAAUAUCUUCGUGGCGGAGAUCAGACUAGUGGGUUUAUGUAUCCAAGUGGUGUUGAUCGGUUCAAGCGACAAUUUGCACAUCUUGAGGAGCAUUAUGGUAAAGGUGAACGAAGCACUCCACUUCAGAGGCAGCACGCUUCUUUGCCUAGAGAGCGAGUUCCUGCACCAAAAGAUGAAACCUCUUCUUCUGAAAACAUUGAUUUUGAAAAACGAACUUCAGCAUCUGUUGCUUCGACUCUAGAGAGCCCACCAAGCCGGUCUGAUGGAUCAGAGAACUCUGAUGCUAAUGUGCAAAAUGGACCAAACAAAGCGAACUAUAGUGCUCGUAGUUUGCUGAAAAGUGCUAGUAUCAGUGCUUCAAAGUGUGUGGUAGUUAAAAGACGAAAUGCAGAGGAAGAGGCAAUUAAAGAGCAAAACGAGGAUGCUGAUGGUUUAGCUCAAAAAGCUGCUGCUCUUCAUGUCUAAAUUAUCACCAGCAUGCACUGUAGAUCUGGUCAUCGGUCAUUGAUCCUUGCAUCGGGGUGAGAUUUACAUUACACCCACAUCAUGCACCGGGCUGCCCUUCGGUAGUUUUGACAUUUUGAUCAUGUGCUCUAUUAUGUAUCUCCUUGUCCUGUAAAUCAAAAGCUCUUUUGAACUACCAAUAUUUGAAGUUUACUCCUGCAUUUCAGGCAGACGCUAACAGUAUGGUUUUGCUACAUGUACUGUGAAUUUUUAUCUCACAUAGCAGGAAAAGAAAAUGUUCUCCAGCCAUUUGCGGACUGGGGAUUACAUUUUUAUAUUAUUUGUACGCUGUAGUUACUUGUGACAAGCUGAAGUUUGCACUGACUUGAGAUGAAAGAUACAAUGCCAAAGUUCUAUUCAUUGA